UGAAUCGGAACGAACGCUCCGGCCCCAGAAGCUUUUCGCACCAACGACAAAAGUCCAAAAGCAACAGCUGAACAUUGGCUCUAGUUGGUCGAACAUAUCAGGAUGUGGCGACUAGUGAACUUUCCCGUUGUUUGCCAACAGCAACAACAAUCACAACAUCAAUAUUAGCAACAAUUUUAAGUUGCUUGUUUCAUGUUUUUGAACCUGUAUCAACUCAAAUGUGAUCACUGAUCAGUGCCCUGGUGAUUUGAGGUCUUACCCUGGUUGGACUCUUUUGAUGAUUUGUUUUGAUUCGUGAAUUACUCUAAAAUAAUUGUGCAAUGCAUAGCAGUGGUACAGCCGUGUAUCAAGGCCAAGGAGGAGGGGGAGGGGGGUCAGCAGCCUCAUCUAGAAGGCCCACGACUGGACCGUAUUUGGGACAUCACACAUCCAAGUCCAAAAGUGAUCCUAGGAGGAAGCACAUGGCAUAUUCCAAGUCAAUGCUUGGUGCAGACCCCAUGGAGAGCCAGUAUGAGCAAGAUCUUGAGUUCGUAAAUACUCAAAGGCAGCUCAAUUAUCGGAGACGAAAAGAAGAAAUGAAGAAGAAGCUCCACCGGUUGAAGAAGCUACAGAAGUUGCGAGAGGAAGCCGAGGAAACUGGAGAGAUCCAUGACAAGACUCGAUUCACUUCGUUCUUGCCGUUUGCUCCGGUUUCCCAAACAGGGCAGAGUGAGAAUGCCGAUCGGAUCAGCACGGCUUCUGUGAUGGAAGAAAGGAUCCAAGAAGUCCUUAGAGAACUGGCUCAGGUUGAACAUGAAUGUCAGAUGGAUUAUCAGCAAUACCUAAGUACACAAAUCUCCUCAUCCAUCAAAAGCCACUAACAGCCCGGGGGAUUGAUAUGUAUGAACAUGAAAGGUCUGGAUUUAUUUUAGGGAAAUAUAUUUCUGAAUAAAAUCAGAAUUGAAAAGAGACUGAUA